CAUCUUGCUUGCAAGCAAAAAACCUGCCCCUCCACUGCACCAAUGCAGCGCUACGGUCGAAGCCCAAGACAAUUUGAUAUCAUUUUUUCAGAAAAAGAAAAUUGCUUAAAAUCUAUAUAAAUGAAUAUUGGUGAAUAGAAGAGAAGCAAGGCAGUAGUAGGCAUGGCGGAAUCGACGGUGAGCAUGAAGCUGUUGAUCGACAAGAGAGGGAAGCGAGUGGUAUUCGCGGAGGCCGGAAAAGACUGCGUGGAUUUCCUCUUCAGCAUACUGUCUCUGCCCGUUGCCACCAUCAUUCGCUUGCUCAGAGAGGAAGGCAUGGAUGGCUCUUUGCCCAACCUCUACAAAAGCUUGGAAAAUCUCAACGACGACUACAUAGAGCCCGACAAGAAGAAGGACUUCUAUCUGAAACCGGUCUCCUCUUCUUCGCUUCCGCUGCUGGCUCUCGAAGCUGCGUCAAGUACUGGAAACAACUCUUACAGAUGUAACUACUGCUCUCAUUAUAUUGAUCCAAAUGCGCAAGUGGUGUCGGGAGACGGCAGUUUGGUGAAGGGGGUGGUGACUUAUAUGGUGAUGGAUGAUUUGGAGAUCAAGCCCAUGUCUACUAUCUCCAGCAUUACUCUGCUCAAUGACUUCAAUGUUAAGUAUGUGGGUGCUUUGAAGGAAAAAGUUGUCCAUUUGGGAAUGGAUGAGAAGCACUACCUGAUUUGAUGAUGACGAGCUUGAUUAAAUGGUUUCUUCCUUUUUGGUUAGGCUUUGGAGUUAUUGAAGAUUUCUCUCCAGAGCAAGAAUGUUCUUACAGAACUCUUCUGCUAGCUAGUUCAA